AGAUCUCUUCUGCAGAAGAGAUGAGAUUAUAACGAGUACACUUGAGUCGACAUCGAUCUCGUGCAGACACAGACGACUUCACCUGUAUAACAAGUUACAGAAAAAAAUACGAAUCGUUCGUCGGUCGGAAAAGAGCAGUCGAGCAAAUGCUACGAUCGGCUAACGAGCACGAUGGCUUCUAUCGUCGUACCUCUGCUGCUCCUCUACUUCACGACUCACACCUACGCAGGGGUGUCGGUGCUGGGCGAUCAAAGUACCGACGCGCUUCAGUGGGCCGAGCAGCAAAUUUUAACGAUACUGUCGCCCGCCGCAGUUCCAUCGGACGAUCGUGGCAACGUCUUCAACCCCAUCAACCUGCUGAGCAGCGUCGUCGAUCAACAAGCACCCGCUAGCAGCAUCCGCAUAACCGAGCGCGACAUCGGCUAUUACUUUUACACGAGCGAGCAGCCCGAGCUGAACGUGGCCCUGACCUCGGGCGACUCCUCGAGUCUGAGGUCUUUGGCCAACGUCAGCGGCCAGACACCCCUCAAAGUCGUCAUUCACGGCUGGACGGACACCGGAAGCGCCGCCUGGAUGCACGACAUAAGGCGAAACUACCUGAAGAGCGGAAAUUGCAACGUGGUCAUCGUCGACUGGUCCGUCGGCUCGAUGAAGGAUUACUUGACCUCGACGAGACUCACCAAGACCGUCGCCGAGUACGCCGCUAAAUUCCUCGAGUUCCUCGUGGCCGAGGGCGUCUGCCGCAUGGACAAGAUACACAUCCUCGGGCACAGUCUCGGUGCCCACAUCGCCGGCCUGAUCGGUUACCAGCUGCAGGGCCAACUGGGUCGCAUCACCGGCAUGGAUCCGGCUCGGCCGGAUUUCGAGGCGCCCGUGCUCAAGGACCCGAAGGAUCGUCUGGACUCGACGGACGCUCGAUUCGUCGACGUGGUGCACACCUGCGCCGGCACCGCGGGAUUCGUCAGGCCGAUCGGACACGCCGAUUUCUAUCCGAACGGCGGCAGUUUCCGCCAGCCGGGAUGUCCGGUAUUCAUGAUUCAGUACUGCAGUCACGGCAGAUCCCAUCAGUUCGUGGCCGAGUCCAUAAUCAAUCCGCGGGGCUUUCAAGCCGUAGAGUGCGGCACUUGGAAGGAUUACAAAGCACAGAAGUGCGCGAAGAACAAGCUGGUUUACAUGGGCGAAGCCCUGGAUCCCGAGACCAGAGGUAUCUUCUUUCUGGAAACGAACGCCGAGCCGCCCUACGGUCGGGGUGACAUUGUGUGAAAGGAGAGCAAUUAUCGUCUCGACAGUUUUAUAUCAUGUACUUAGCUGUUAUUUUUUUCAUCUAAUAUCAGUUGUUCAACAAUUAACUUUUUCUUUUUUAAUCCCAUUAUGUACAUUA